AUGCCUUUGCAUCAGUUGCUCAGUAAGCUCCACAAUACUCAGCAGACCCAGAGAUAUCAGCGUGCUGAGAAAUACUAUCAACAGAGCACAGCUCAUCUUGAGCAAGAUGGUCAGAAUAUCAUGCUGAGUUUAACAAGUAAUCUGCCCAAUGUGAAUCUACCAAAUGUGAACCUCCCUAAAGUUCCAAACCUACCAGUUAACAUCCCACUAGGCAUCCCCCAAAUGCCUGCCUUUUCUGCACCGUCAUGGAUGGCUGCUAUAUAUGAUGCUGACAAUGGAUCAGGAACAUCAGAAGAUCUGUUUUGGAAGCUAGAUGCCUUACAGACCUUCAUCAGGGAUCUCCACUGGCCAGAGGAAGAAUUUGCAAAACACUUAGAACAGCGGCUAAAACUUAUGGCUAGUGAUAUGAUCGAGUCCUGUGUGAAGAGAACAAGGAUUGCAUUUGAAGCAAAGCUGCAAAAAACAAGUCGGUCAACUGAUUUCAGAGUCCCUCAGUCAAUAUGCACCAUGUUUAAUGUUAUGGUAGAUGCCAAAGCUCAGUCAACAAAACUUUGCAGUAUGGAAAUGGGCCAAGAGUUUGCUAAAGAGUGGCACCAGUAUCAUUCAAAAAUAGAUGAACUAAUUGAAGAAACCGUCAAGGAAAUGAUAACACUCCUAGUAGCAAAGUUUGUCACCAUCUUGGAAGGAGUCCUGGCCAAACUAUCCAGAUAUGAUGAAGGGACAUUAUUUUCUUCUUUCCUUUCAUUUACUGUGAAGGCAGCUUCCAAAUACGUGGAUGUGCCCAAACCAGGGAUGGAUGUUGCUGACGCCUACGUCACCUUCGUUCGCCAUUCUCAGGACAUCCUGCGCGAUAAGGUCAAUGAAGAGAUGUAUAUAGAAAGGUUGUUUGAUCAAUGGUACACGAGCUCCAUGAAUGUUAUUUGCACCUGGCUGACAGAUCGCAUGGACCUUCAGCUUCACAUCUACCAACUGAAAAUUCUCAUUAGGAUGGUAAAGAAAACAUACAGAGAUUUCCGAUUGCAAGGAGUUCUGGAUUCUACCUUGAACAGCAAAACCUAUGACACCGUCCGAAACCGGCUGACUGUGGAAGAAGCCACAGCUUCAGUGGGUGAAGGUGGAGGGCUUCAAGGCAUCACCAUGAAAGACAGUGAUGAAGAAGACGAAGAGGAUGAUUAGCUCUCCAAAACUAGAAGCCCCCAACUUGGAUGUAGCCUGGAAACCAGUGCAUGUAAAUCUAGUCUGUUAUUCAGUUAGCCACAUUAGGAAAUGUUCUGUCCGCUCUUAAAUGCCCAUGGAAAGUCUACCAAUACAAAUGCCAUUUUAGCUGUGUGGUACUUAAGAUUUAGCACCUCUGUUUCUAUUCAUUGAGUUUCCUAAUUUCAUAUCUAUAUGUUCAUAAGCAAUAUGGAGCACCAUUGUUUAAAACUGUUAACGGAAACAAAAUCUGCAUAGAAAACAUGCUAGGUGUGUCCCUGUUAUAAUUAAAGUCUAAAUGAUGCUUCAUUAAUGUACUGUAUAUACAUUGAUGGUAAAUUGUUGUGAAGCCAAGUGAAACAAGUACUUUCAUAUCUUUGUUUCUCUCCUGUGGAUGCCAACUGCUUUGAAACAGAUUGAGGCUACUACAAAGGACACCUUUUUUGUACAUUUGGGGGAGGGGAAAUACAUAAAUCAGAAGUUGGAAAUAUUCCUGUUUAAUAUACCCAAGCACUACCCUCCAAUAUAUACAGCUAACUUUGUAGAAGUGACAUACCAAUGGAAUAUUAGUCGUCCAUAUUGCAAAAAUGGGUUGACCUUUAUCACCUUGUCCACAUUACGAUUCAGAGCAGUUGUUUUAUGUCAGUGUCAUACCCCUCUAAAUGUUACACUUUUGUUCAGAGUUCCGAUAACUGUGUUUGUAAAAAGGACAACUUUAAUUACAAUCUUAGACUAUACAGAUGUGUUUAUAAUAAUAAGGAUAAUAAUAACAAUAAUGACAAUAUAUGAAGAUUUCUUUUGGUAGAUUGUAACCAUAAUUUAAAUCUCCUUUUGUUUUCACAAUGGUUUUUAUAUCUUGUCAUGUACAUUGCAUUUGGACCAGUAAAUUGCAUGUUCUUGGGUUUUCCCCAUAUCCUUCCAAAAGCUUUUAUUUUCUGUGUAAUAUAGUGGAUCCAUCUUGCUUUUUUGCCUUAUACAAGCCGACAGUUGUAAAAGUGUGAGGACUGUGGCUUCUCAAUAAAUAACUAUUCAGAUGUC